AUGAAGCACAACGGGAUCAUUUGCAGAAAAAAUGAAGAUAUCGUGCACAGGUUUUCGGUGUGGACGGUGGGAUUUAUGGGCCAUCAAAGCCCGGCUAGUAUGGCUAACGAUGUUGAUGACUUUAAGAUGUGGGGAACUGAAAAUGUUAAAAUAUUUUUACAAAUCUUGUUGGAUGAAAUAAAGAAAGAGGGUACAUGCAUAUCAAAUAAAGACAAAAGUAUUUAUCCAAAGCAGUGGCAAACAACAAAUGAGGAGAUGAGUGAGAAGUUUGGAAAAAAAUUUGGUCAAAGAAAAUUGAAGGGUAAGUACACGUGUUUGAAGGCAAACUACAAAGAGUUCGUUACUCUUAAAAACCACACUGGAUUGGGCUGGGAUCCAAUAACACAAACUGUGACGGCCCUAUAUGAUGUUUGGGAAAGUUAUGUUCGAGCACACCCAAAUGUGAAACAAUUCCAAAAUAAAGGCCUUGAACAUUAUGAGUUAAUGUCACAAAUCUUUGCGAAGUCAUUUGCCACUGGAGCAUUUGCCCGUUAUUCUCGUCAGGGUGCACUUACAUCUAAUAAUGAACGAGAAAUGGAUGAACGAUUUCGUGCAUAUACCUUGUGGAAAGGACUAGUAGAUGAAUCUUUCACUUAUGAAGGUAAGCGAAAGUCUAGUAGCCAGCAUCAGCCAAGCAAGAACUUGAGAAUGGAUUAUGCACUUGAAUCAUGGCAACAAUCAUAUGACGCACGUAAAAGGUUUUACCUUCUAGCUAAGGCAAAUGCUGGGGCAACUGAUGCAUACUCAAUUUCAACCUGUAUGGAUAUACCAAAAUCAAUCCAAACUUAUACUUGA